GCUCACCUCCCCUUCGCUGUGGUGGGGAGCAUCGAGGAGGUCAAAGUGGGGAACAAAACGGUGCGAGCCAGGCAGUAUCCCUGGGGAGUAGUGCAAGGUGAGUACCUCUCCUUCUGUACCUCUCGGCACUUCUUUGCAUUUCAGGAAAGAACCACUGCUCAGGAAGUCAGUCCCUAGUGUCUUGGGAAAAUGGCAGAGACCGAUGAAUGCACUAUUGGUAGUAUUACCACAGGGACACUGCUACAUUGUUUGCUUUGUUUUCAGACAUUUAGCUGUGUUCGACAGGGAGGCUAAACGCUGUAAUUUGAUCACAUCACUGAGCACUGAAAGUGAGAAUAUUUGAACCCAGCUGGGAGUUUGAUUUAGAAUGGUCUCUCCAUUAUCCUGUGCCUGUUUCCAUUCCCCAAUCCUCCAAGAACCGUGGUUUAGGGUUAUUUAUAAAGCCUGCCUCAUAGGGGAGAGCGUAGGAGAGGGUUUCCAUCAGUCAACAUGGCGAUAAACACUAGGCUAGACAGAAAAUGAUUAAGACUCCGGGGUUCCCAAACUUUUUUGGCACGUGACCCCAUUUUGAUAUUUAAAAAAAAUGUGACCCCACCAUGUAGAAAAAGUGAUUUAAGCACCUGCCAAUGUUUCAUUUUUAAAUUGGGACUAUGACGACCUAUUACAAAUCAGUCUGACAGUACUUUUGACAGCAUUUCAAUCUAAAGGAAGCAUGGUUUGAAAUGACUGAAAUGCAUCAUAAAGGUACUGGGAAGUUCAAAAUAAUUUUGUUUGAUCUUCUGUCUAGAAAAUAACAUAAUUGAUGUUCUUUUUCCCCUAGUCUGAUUUAGUGCCUGGUCUUGUCCACUCUGUUCUAAUGAGUCAUGCGUGGCUUGUGGGCAUUGUAGAGGGAAACAGAAGACACAUACGUGUUCCUGGGAGUCUUAUCUUUCAGUGAUGGUCAAAUAAUGUUGUAGCUUAAACCGUUCAAGAGAUAAAGCCAGAUUUGUAGGAAGAAAACCGAAACCGCUCUGUUUAUUACAACCGCAUCUAGCGACUACCGGAGGUUACUGACGUAACCCAGGUUCUAUGAACUAAGUGCGAUUUUUCUAAUUUUAUUUCGGUUUCUCUCGCGACCCCAUUUUCAAAUUGUUUGGGAAACACUGGAUUAAGUGAAUCAUGUUGUGUUCACUUGAUUGAAUCUCCGUCGCUUAUAGCAGCAACCGUCUCAAUCAAAACAGUUUUCCUAUGUCAUAUAUGUGCUAUGAUAAAUGAGAAACACAGUCUUGUGGGGAAAAAAAUGAUAUCUCUGCUGUUAUCUCUGAACCCCAGACGACUAUGACAGAUAGCAGACCGCUGGUAUUUCUUCCCUGCCAAUAAUAUCUGUGCAGAGUGUGUGUAAUGUGUGUCUCCCAUGCCCUGACAACUCUGGGUUUCCCGGGGUCAACAAAUUGCACCCCGGGUCUCAGCGGGGAGUUUACCAGAGAGGUUGUUAGAUGCCAGAUGUCAUCAGCCAUUUUCUUCCCCAUUUCUCCUCUCCAAAGACUUCAAAGUGUAGGUUUGUCUGUGUAUGUCAUUUUUCUCUCAUACAGUACUGAAGGUGUAGUGACUAUCAUGUCGAAGGCGAUCAUGUUCCACGCUAAAUGCUGCGCUAAUUGUCACAAUUUUUUAUAGCAUCCUUACAUCCAGCACAGCGCUCACAGCUGGGGUUGAUACAGUAUUUAUUUUCACUAUAUCCCGCAGUAAACCACUGUAGCCAUGGAGUCCAUGCGCUUCCUCUGGUCUUUUUCAGGGCAAAUUCUCCCCCACUUAUGUCAAGUCUGAAAAGCAGGAAAGGCUUCCUGCUCCAGUCCUCACAUGAUUGGAUGCAUGAGAACUCUUUGACUCAGAGUUAGUGGAACGUAAAACAAGGACAAAGUCCAGAGGUUUUCUAAUUAAUGUACAGUACUCUUUUGCCAAAUAUCCCCAAAGUUCUUUCCUCAAUCGUUCUGUGCUUUCCUCAGUUGAUGUGAUGCUACUCCUACUCGGAGAAGAGAGUUGUCUUACAGCACCUAGUUUAUCAUUAAUCGACUGCAGGAGCCCCACAAUGUGGACCCAUUUGAACUUGUAUACCAUUUAUGUAGAUUAAUUGACCGUGGUUGAGGGUGGUGCCUUUGACCUCAGAUGUUAGUAAGAUCGUCUCAUUGACAUUGUAUUGUCGCUGUGCUGUCCCGUCCAGUGGAGAACGAGAGCCACUGUGACUUUGUGAAGCUGCGGGAGAUGCUGAUCAGGGUGAACAUGGAGGAUCUGAGGGAGCAGACUCACGCCCGCCACUAUGAGCUCUACCGCCGCUGCAAACUGGAGGAGAUGGGAUUCAAAGAUACAGACCCUGACUGUCAGCCAUUCAGGUGAGGCAGCAAGGCUGAUCACAGAACACACAAACACUGAAAUUAAUAGUUAGUCAUAUGUUAUAGGAAAGCAGACCAAUGAAUCCCAGAGUUCAGCAUGUAAAGAUGCUCUGUGAGUGAUUUAAAACCUGUAAUUCCUUUGUGAGUUAGUCCAAGCUGUAGUUAGUCUGAGAUGUAGUAAGCCACUUCUCUCUUUGUCCUGUUCACAGCCUCCAGGAGACCUACGAAGCCAAGAGGAAAGAGUUCAUGGGAGACCUGCAGAAGAAGGAGGAGGAGAUGAGACAGAUGUUUGUCAACAAAGUGAAGGAGACUGAGGCAGAGCUGAAAGAGAAGGAGAGAGAGGUGAGGGUGUGGCUGCUGGCUGGGAAGGAGGAGGAAGGUGGGGGAUGAAGGAUAUUUCAGGAAAUGGGUUUGCUGUCUUAUGGAGGAUUCAGUUGCAUAUAAAUGUGAGUGUUGCACAUACAUGUAGUUAAAGUGAACGUUGACAUUGACACCUACAUACAGUCAAAUGUAACAAUGCCGUUGACAUUGACACCUACAUACAGUCAAAUGUAACAAUGCAUGUUUAUACCUGUGCUGACCUUUUGAUAUAUAUUUGGAUUGUAGAUAAUCAAGCUUUAUCUCUUGGCCUGACGUCUUAUCUUUCUGCCACUAUCAGUUGCACAACAAGUUUGAGCAGCUGAAGCACAUGCACCAGGAGGAGAAGAGGAAGGUGGAGGAAAAGAGACGGGAACUGGAGGAGGAAAUGAACGCCUUCAACCGCAGGAAGGUGGCAGCUGAGACAUUGUCCUUAGCCCAGCCACUCAAGAAGGACAAGGACAAGAAA